UGUUUAUCAUUCCCUAAAGUCUAAAUCCGCGUCUCAUCCAAGCUUGUUUCUCUUUGUCUAUCGCUGAUAAUGGUAGCAUAGAACAUCAGCUUCUUUGUUCCAUGAAUUCAUCGGAACCCAUAUGAAUCUCGGACAUCAACCUAUUUUUCUUCUCUAUCCGAUCGAGACCAGCAGUGAAGAAAUUUGUGGUUUUCUUGAUCUGGAAUUUGCUGAGAUAUGGGUUCGAUGCUGAUCCCAAUACGUUUUUGCUUUGAAUCUGAGACAGGGAAAGAACAGUGUUGCUGUUAUUGAACCCGAGAUGAUGAAACUGAAUCUGAAAUUGAGAGAUGACCGUGAAUUGAGAGCAGAAUAGGGAUUUUAGUAGAUACGUAAAGAAGAACAAUGAUUCGGCUACUAGUAAUAUUGAUUGAUGCAUAGAGAGGAAGAAAUUAGGGUUGCGAUUGUCUGCAAUUGAAGAACAGAGAUGGAAUUGAGUUUGGGGUUUUGUCAAAUCUGUAGAAGAGUGAAUUUUAGAGAUGAUGUUGAUGGUGAAGGAUGGUGCUGGUAAUGGGAUUAAUGCAUCGAGAAGAUUGCAGGAGAUUAAUGGAGUAUGCCCUAAUUGAGUUGCUGGUGAUGUUUGAAAUGUGAAAGAAGAAUUAAGAAGGGUGUUUAUUAAUUUAUUUGCGAAUGAGAAAGCAGUGACUGGAUGUGAUAUCAGUGACCCUAUAAAUAGUUAAGAAGUAUCAUUUUGGUUUUGUUUAUCAGAGGAGGCAAAAAAGAGAAAAGAGAAAAGACGGAGAGAAUGGGUGGUUGGGAAAUAGCGGUUCAUGGAGGCGUUAUGUCGACCCUAACCUUCCUGCACAACGUCAAGAUGAAUCCAAAUCUUACUCGUUGUCUUAAUUUAGGAAUCUCUUCUCUUCAAUCUGGAAUUUCCUCCAUUGAUGUUGUCGAACUCGUCGUAAGAUUUUUCUCUGCUCAAGCUACUUUCUACGGCGGCAGUGAUGCCUCUGAUACCUUGGGUGGUGCUUGUGGGUAUGGAAAUCUGUACAGUCAAGGUUAUGGAGUACAAACAGCAGCAUUAAGUACAGCAUUAUUCAACAAUGGAUUAAAUUGUGGUUCAUGUUUUGAGCUGAAAUUUGCUAAUGAUCCACAAUGUUGGCAUUCUGUCAGUCCGUCAUUUGGAUUACUGCAACUAAUUUCUGUCUACCGAAUUUCGCACAAGCUAGUGAUAAUGGUGCUGCUUGGAGUAACCCUCCCGUCGACACUUUGAUCUUGCUAUGCCUAUGUUCUUGAAUGAGUAUCGUGCCGAGAUUGUUUCUGUUGUUUAUCGCCAGUUAGUUCACUUUCCGGCAGCUAGUACUAGUUCUGUUUUUACUAGUCCAUGGUUUUGAAAAAAUGUUUGAUGUAAAUAUUAGCAAAGUAAAGGGUAUGAUGGUAAACUUGGU